AAUAUUCUUCAUGGAACUUUGUUGGUUACCGAGCAACAGCCCUCUCGUGACUCUCCUACAGACUGGAUUCACAUGACAUUUAUAGAACCAUAUGCUUCAGGAGAUUCCUAUAAGUAAUUGAUUCUAGAGCAAGGGCUGUUAACUUGGCAUUGGAUUCAGGGAUAGUUCUUGAGGCAGGAGAAAUGGCCAUGGCAGGUGAGAGACUUCUGGUGCAUUGCCUGGCAGUGAUGUUGCUCAUUGCAUUGGUGGAAGGAACCACCAACGAGCCAACCGUAUGUAACAUUGCCCUGACCAAGCUGAACUUGUGCCGGCCGGCGGUCACCGGGCAAUACCCUCCACCACCAACCAAGGAAUGCUGUGGUUUGAUGAAACAGGCCAACUUGACUUGUCUCUGCAAGUUCAAGGAGGCUCUCCCUGCCUUCGAGAUUGACCCUGCCCGCGCAUUUGCAUUGCCUAAGAAGUGUAAUCUUCGCACACCACCACAAUGCAAGGUCUGAAGAACUACAAGCUCACAUCCACUUCAAUGUUUCCUUGGGGCAAUUUUCUUUUCACCACAUGCUGAAGAUUUCGAUUCAAAUCAUGUUGAGAUAUAAUUUGUAUUGGAAGUUUAUGUAAUUUGUACUAUUUUUCUUCUUUGUUGCAAUCA